AUGGACAACUUUGUCUAUGUUUUGAAUACGGAAAACUGUUUUCUCGUUAAAAACUGGUCAAAAUCAAGUUGUUCAUUUCAGAUGAUCUUCCUGCACGGUCUAGGAGAUUCAGGUGAUGGUUGGUCUGAUGUAUUCGCCCAUGAAAUCCGUAAUGAUAAUGUUAAGUACAUUUGUCCCAGUAGUGCAUCACGUCCAGUGACAUUGAACAUGGGUAUGGUCAUGCCAGCUUGGUUCGAUUUAUACGGUCUCGAUGCCACAGCUCGCGAGGAUUCUGAAGGCAUUGCACAGGCUACGCGACUGGUUCAUGGAAUGAUCGAUGCAGAGGUGGCAGCCGGCAUCCCAUCCCAUAAAAUCAUAUUAGGAGGUUUUUCCAUGGGAGGAGCUUUGGCUCUUUAUGCUGGUCUCACUUAUCCACACAAACUAGCUGGAAUUGUUGGCCUGAGUUCGUUCCUUAUUCAGCGAGACAAAUUACCGGGCAAUCACACCACAAAUAAGGAAACGCCUAUUUUCCUUGGACACGGUGCGAAUGACUUCCUUGUGCCAUUAACAUUCGGUCAACUGACGGAGAAACUUCUGAAAGCCUUUAAUCCGAAUGUGCAACUGCAUGUAUACAAUGGAAUGGCGCAUAGCAGUUGUCCGGAGGAGCUACGUGAUCUAAAGAAGUUCAUUAAUGAAAGGAUUAACUAG